AUGAUGAGCCUGGUGAUGUACCUGAUUUGGGGUUUGAGGAUUGUCUGGAUGGUUCUUCAAAGAUGGAUAAGGCCUAUAAAAAUGUUGGGGUUUGGGCUUAGUGGUGAGAGGGAUGACAAUAGGAGGUACACAGCAGUGUGUGCAGUAGAAUCAUGUGACUGGAGGAUACAUGCUAGUAGGUUGUUUACUAUGUUAGCUGGACAAUUAAGGUUCCAGUUGAUUGUGAAGAAGAGGUUGUUGUACAAGGUUAUGAGUAUGGCCAAGGAGAAGCUACAUGGUGGUUGGGCUGAAGCAUAUGAGUUGCUGCCUAGAUAUGUUGAGAUGAUUAAGCAAACUAACCCAGGGAGUUAUGCACUGAUAACAUGGGGGACCAGGUUUUUAAGGGGUUGUAGGCCUAUAAUUGGAAUAGAUGGGGAUCAUUUAAGUGGUUUCUACAAUCUACUGACAAUAGUUGACAUUGAUGGGAACAAUGAAAUAUUUGUUCUGGCCUAUAGGAUAGUAGACACUGAGAGAUGUGACAGUUGGACCUACUUCAUGAGAUGCUUGAGGAAAAUGUUUGAGCAGGAGGGUUGCAACAAAAAUGAUUGGACCUUCAUCAGCGAUAGGAUGAAGGGUGUUGAGUUGGUAGUUAGAGAAACUUUUCCUAGAGCAACUAGGAGAGUUUGCUGCCAACACUUAUACAUGAAGUGUAAGAACAAUGGCUUCAGUGGAUCUGCAUUCCACAAGCUCUUUUGGAUAGCUGCUGAUGCAUACAAUGAGUAUGUAUUUGGUAAGGCAACGGUGAAGAUCACUGAGCAUAAUCCACAAGCUCUUUUGGACAGUUGCAUUGAGCAGUGGUCUAGGCACAAGUUUGAUUCUACUGUUUGUUGUAAUCACAACACAACAAACUUUGUGGAGUCAUUCAAUGCAUGCACAAAGACAUUCAGAGACAUGUCUGUCUUCUCAUUAUUGGAAGCAAUAAGAAGUUGGUGUGUGUAG